GUCACCACCAACUCGAUCGCUUUGCAGUCGCAGCAUGCGGCCAGGCGCAUGGCGUGUAUGCGCUCUUUUGGCAGCAUACGCAAGCUCAGCUCAUGCGCAAGACGACGCUUCUCAUUUCCCCGACGGAGCGACGGAAUUUGCCGAGAAAAUACCAAAUACCGUGCAAGUCAAGCUUGACCAAGCGCUGUCGUUCAAAGCGCCCUUUGUGUCCACAGAGGGCAGAAUACCCAACUAUGACCUGUCUGGUCAUGCUGCCAAGCUGCCCAUGUCGAACGACUAUGUCAGAAUCGUGCCGCCCAGUCUGCUGAGCUACGGCGGCGCGUUCUCUACCAAAAAGAGUACGACAGACGAAUGGAUCGUCGAGAUUGCCGUGAGAGUACACGGAAGCGUACCCAGCCGUCACAUCGAUCAGGAUGGCAAGCUCAUCGAAAAUCCAGGCAAAGGCGGUCGAGGACUUGCCUUUUGGUACACCAAGAAUAGCAAUCCUACAUUUGUAACGACGCCCUCUGAUCCAAGGCGGCACAUCACACCGCCACCUGGACCAUUGCCCAGGCUACCCAAUGAUCCAGACGAUGAUCACAUCUCCUUCUUUGGGAACGGGCGCCGCUUCGAAGGAUUGGGUGUCGUGUUGGACACGUCACCUACCCAGCCACUGUUUCCGAGAAGCGAUGCACGUACAUGGACACCUGCUAAGUAUCCCGAUGUCGAUCCCGGUCCUGAGCCCGUCGGCAAGGUUGUUGGUCUGCUCGAUGAUGGCUCGACAGACUGGAUCCACCAGAGCUCAGGCGAGAAAGGACAGGACGGUAGCACGCUCUCGUACAUCAAUAAUGCCUUUGGAGACUGCAUGGCACCCUUUCGCAACGCUCAAGGACUCUUCUGGAUCCGUGUAGCUUAUUUUGACAAGAGCAUACGGGUCGAUCUCGAUCUCAAACCUCACGAGACCUUGGCAACCGCUGAUCGUCAUUUUUCCCAUCACUGCUUUAGCUUACCCGACAUCGUUCUUCCGAAAGGCUACUAUUUUGGCGUGACCGGCUUGGGCAACGGUCGAGGCGAAAGUGACUCUUUCGAUCUGUAUGCGAUGGAAGUCUUUGGCGUCUACAGGGGCAAGGAUGCCGUCAAGCAGCACGCUGUGCCGCUCGACGAAAGAGACCCUCUUGCGGGCAAAGAGAAGCUUGAUGGCACGUCGAAGUUUGAGGACGAUCAAGUGGGCGGAGCGCCCGUCAAGUCUGGCUCUAGCGACCUCGAUCUCGCAAUGGAGGUCAUGGUCUCGCAGAAGCGAAUGACAGAAGCCAUUGACGAUCUUACUCGACGAGUCGAGAGCAUUAGUGGCAGUGUUUCCGCCGGCUCUUCCGGGGAACCCUCUGCUGGGACGACUGACCUGAUGCGUCGUAUCGAGUCAUCGCUUCAUGCUUUGACGAGCAAGCAUGCCGGCUCAAGCCGGACAGAGUUCGAAGUCCUCAUCGAAGUUCUGGGUCAGACGGAGGGCAAGCUACAACAGAUCACUCAGCGUAUUUACGACUUAGACGAGCGAUUGUUCAAAACGAUCUUGCCGAUGCAGCACAAGUUGGAAGAAGUCGAACGACUGACACAGACUGCAGACCGUACAGCUCGACUAGCGGCUGCCCAAGCCAGGCUCAGACCUCCUCCGCAGGAGGCAAGCUCCAUGGGCACUUACUUGAUCAUCAUCGCAGCUCUGCUUCUCAUCGGCCUCAUUAUCGCCAUGAUCGUAUUGCGCAAAGGCGAGAGGGGCGGCCGUGGCAAGAAGAUGAUAUAGAUCAGAUUGCAUGCUUGCUCGAUCCUUGCUGUGCAUUACAUUUGUAUAUCAAGACAACAUGGGGCCUGAUGAAGUCGUGAGGCCUUUGCUCGUUCCGGAGGGAUAUCGAUGCGCGCUACCUGAGAAUGUACGCGGCGCUGGUAGUUGCG